UUCAAAGAUGGUCAAGAAUCUGUUGAAAGUGAUCCAUGUUCUGGAAGGCCUGAAACAGGCAGAACACCUGAGAAUGGUUGAACAUGUACAGGCUGCAGUCAAUAUAAAGAUCAGCCACUGACAGCGUGAGAACUAGAAGCUGAUCUGGGGAUCCAAAAACUACCGUGUCCUAGAUUUUGAUGCAUAAUCUUGGCAUGAACGUGUAGUGGCAGAAUGCGUUUCAUGGCUUCUGCUACCAGAGCAGAAGGAACAUCGUGCUAUAUUUGCUAAUGAGUUGCUUCAAACCACUACCAGUGAACCACAUUUCCUCAAGGAGGUCAUAACCAGAGAUGAAUCCAGAAACGAAGGCCCAGUUGUCCCAAUGGAAGUCACCUGGUUCUCCACACCUAAAGAAGGUACGGCAAAGACAAAGCAAGAUCAAGACCAUGUGUUUUUGGUUCAGACUGUGCUUUUUGGUUCAGAAGGUGUUGUCCAUCAUGAAUAUGCUCUUCCGGGCCAAACAGUUAAUAAGGAGUACAACCUGAAUGUUCUUCAUCAGUUGAAAGAUACAAUGCAACAAAAAGGGUAACAGUUAUGGGCAACUGGCGACUGGCAGCUUCCUUACGAGAACGUGCCUACCCAUGCAUCACGUCUGGUCUUGGGCAGAGUUUUUUUUGCGAAACAUCAAAUCACCCAGGUGAUUCAGCCCCCCUACAGCCCAGAUUUGGCGCUCUGUGACUUCUGGCUUUUCCCAAAACUAAAAUCACCUUUGUAAGGGAAGAGAUUUCACACCAUGCAUGAGAUUCAGGAAAAUACGAUGAGGCAGCUGAUGGUGAUUCCAACAAAGGAUUUCACAGAGUGUUUUGAGCAGUGGAAGAGAUGCUGGGAGAAAUGUGUGAAGUUCCAAGGCGCCUACUUUAAAGGGGAGUGAGGUGUCACUGUCCUGUGUACAGUGUAUCUUGUAUCUUCGGCUCUCCCAGCUGUGAUUGACCUUCAGUUACAGAGGGUGGGAGCAGAGUGUCACCAAUUCUGAGAGUAACGACCUAACACAUUCCUUUUGGGACAUUCAUACUGUUGUCCUAUUUUCAAACUAUUUGGAGACUGCAUCGUCCUGCCUGUAGUACCAGCAGUUUCUCUGUUCUGUGAUCAAUGUGAUUCACAGGAACCUCUUAAGUAACAAACGAAAUGAGCCAGGGGCGUGGAAAAUAUGACUUUUAUAUUGGUCUGGGAUUGGCUAUGAGCUCCAGCAUUUUCAUUGGAGGAAGUUUCAUUUUGAAAAAAAAAGGUCUUCUUCGACUUGCUAGAAAAGGCUCUAUGAGAGCAGGUCAAGGUGGCCAUGCAUAUCUUAAAGAAUGGUUGUGGUGGGCUGGACUGCUGUCAAUGGGAGCUGGUGAGGUGGCCAACUUCGCUGCAUACGCGUUUGCACCAGCCACGCUAGUGACUCCACUAGGAGCUCUCAGUGUCCUAGUGAGUGCCAUUCUUUCUUCGUACUUUCUAAGUGAAAGACUUAAUCUUCAUGGGAAAAUUGGGUGUUUGCUAAGUAUUCUAGGAUCCACAGUUAUGGUCAUUCAUGCUCCAAAAGAAGAGGAGAUCGAGACUUUAAAUGAAAUGUCUCAUAAGCUAGGUGAUCCAGGUUUUGUGGUUUUUGCAACACUUGUGGUCAUUGUGGCCUUGAUACUAAUCUUUGUGGUGGGUCCUCGCCAUGGACAGACAAACAUCCUUGUGUACAUAACAAUCUGCUCUGUAAUCGGGGCGUUUUCCGUGUCCUGUGUGAAAGGCCUCGGCAUCGCCAUCAAGGAGUUAUUUGCUGGGAAGCCUGUGCUGCAGCGCCCCCUCGCCUGGCUGCUGCUACUGAGCCUGGUGGUCUGCGUGAGCACCCAGAUCAACUACCUGAACAAGGCCCUGGACAUAUUCAACACAUCCCUUGUGACACCGAUAUAUUACGUGUUCUUCACAACAUCAGUUUUAACUUGUUCAGCUAUUCUUUUUAAGGAGUGGCAAGAUAUGCCUGUUGAUGAUGUCAUUGGUACUUUGAGUGGCUUCUUUACAAUCAUUGUGGGGAUAUUCUUGUUGCAUGCCUUUAAAGACGUCAGCUUUAGUCUAGCAACUCUGCCUGUGUCUUUUCGAAAAGAUGAAAAAGCAAUGAAUGGCAAUCUCUCUAAUAUGUAUGAAGUUCUUAAUAAUAAUGAAGAAAGUUUAACCUGUGGAAUCGAACAACACAAUGGUGAAAAUAUCUCCCGAAGAAAUGGAAAUCUGGCAGCUUUUUAAGAAAGAAGUAAUUAAAAGGUCAGUCUAUAAUUCUGUUUAAAGUGAAUCUGAAUAUCAGAAUGUGUUUGAAAAAGCAUUGUCCUCAAAUAAUGUUCUUUAAAGACAAUCUUUUUUAGGGUUUAAUUAUUAAUAAUUUGGACCAAGAAUUUUAAACAAUGGUAGCUCACUAAAAUGACCUCAAGUAAAUGACAAGUUUCUAUUAACAUUGUAUUGUAGAGAUAUUUUACAUUUUGAUUCCUUCUCCAAAAUUUAAAUGCACUAAUGACAGUCUUAAGUGUAUAAAAAAUGCUUUAUUUUUUCAUUGGUGAUGAAAGUCUGAAAUGUACAUUUGUCAUCCCUACUCCACCAAUCCCUGACCAUCCAAUUAUGGCAUUUUUAUUUUAAGAAAGAACAAAAUUAUCCCAAUACAUGAUCCUGUGAUUUACCUUACCUAUUAAAAGGCCUCCUGUCUGAUGAAUGAUUUUAAUUUUCAAAUGUUUAAGGGAAAACUAAGUUAAUGAAGUAAAUCUUACAAAACAAAGGUAGGAAAUCAUCCCAAGAAAGUAUUUCUCAGGCUGUGCUUGUCACCACAAAUCCAGUUCCUGUGUGUAUUCGAUGGCCUUCUGAGACAGUACCUUUUCGAAUCAGGGCACCCUGUGUCUAUUUGGCUGGGCUCUGUUUUGCAGCCUGGCUGGGUUUAUUCUUUAGUUCCUCUAAUCCCGUGAUACUGGGAACCUUGAUUACCAUUUUACAUCAACUCUUGUACUUUUCAGUAUAUUUUCAUAAUGAGUUAUAUUGUCAUUUAGACCUUAACAACUCUGGGAAAUAAAAUCAGAAGACUAGGGUUAUUUCUUACAUUUAGUUCAUGUUAUAAUAAAAAGACAAGUUGAAA